UGUAUGGACACGCGUAUGUGCAUGUGCGUGCGCUCAGCUAAAUGAUAUAAAAGAGUGGAAAAUUGUGCGUAGCCCUGUUGUAAAUCGUGAACUUCUGAACAGUACGGUCGGUUAGUGCUUGACAUCGAAAAUGACUGGACGAGGAAAAGGAGGCAAAGGUCUGGGUAAAGGAGGAGCCAAGCGUCAUCGCAAAGUGCUGCGUGAUAACAUCCAGGGCAUCACCAAGCCGGCCAUCCGUCGUCUGGCCCGCCGUGGAGGAGUGAAGCGUAUCUCUGGCCUCAUCUACGAAGAAACGCGUGGCGUGCUGAAAGUGUUCUUGGAAAAUGUUAUCCGCGAUGCGGUCACCUAUACCGAACACGCCAAGCGCAAGACCGUCACCGCGAUGGAUGUAGUGUACGCGCUGAAGCGUCAGGGUCGCACGCUGUACGGUUUCGGAGGUUAAGCCGCACCCACCAGCCAACGCAGAUUUUGCCCUCAUCUCAACGGUCCUUAUCAGGACCACACAUCCUUUGCGUCAAAAUUCUUUUUCUUAUGGUUUCGAAUGUAAGUGCGUAAGAUUCAUUUGAGGUAUUGAGAAACAUUUUUACCUGAUUGACAUCAUCCACCAAAGCGUUAGUCAAGCGCUUUGAUUCGCGUGGUGUACAUACAUCACGCAUUACGAAGAACAUGCAGUCGAAGGCAGACAAUACGGUGAAAUCUCGUUUGUUUCUAAAUAAUAAAUAAACUCACCGAAAGCUGUAAA